AUGUAUAGCAGGCGCCCGGUGAAUGCUUACAUCGGGGGUACAUCCAUUUUGUUGCUGGGGAGGUGGUUCACCAGUCUCGAGUUUGUGGUCGACGGGGCAGGAAUGAUCUCUAAUAUAUAUAAAACGUUGGGAGGUGAUAAACCCUUCGCGAUUCCCGCUCUAGGCGAGUAUCAAUUAUUAGUCUCCUCUCAGCAGGACGUUCGAGAGCUGAGCGGGAGCGCGGAAAACGUGCUUUCGUUUCACGCCGCCAUGGAACAGAGAAUAAGGCACAGGCAUACUCUCUUUGGCUUCGAGCACAACAGCGUAGAUCCAAGUAACGAUGUCCCAAAGCGAGUCCUCAAGGUCUUGCUACGCAUGAAUCUACCUCAGAUGCAGGAUGGGCUUCAGCCAUUGAUUCAAGAUCUAUUUUCCCGGGAGCUGACAGCGAGAGACUCGGAUGGGUGGAGUCAAGCAAGUGCAUUCGCCCUCUCCAAGCAUCUUGUUACACGACUCAAUAACCAUGUCCUUUUGGGGUCGAAGCUUGCAAGCGAUCAAGUUUUUGAAGAUACUGUUAACCGCUACCUUCAAGACGCCGUGAUGACCAUGGAGCUAUGUCGUCACCUACCAUCAUUUCUAGCUAUAUUGAUAGCACCAGCCAUGAUGCGCUGGAGUGGCGCUAUGCAUUCCAUUGGUCACUCUGUUACUGCCGAGAUUGAGGAUCGAGUCAUCAAGAGUCACAACACGUCAGAUUUUCCCUCGAAACCGCGUGAUUGCAUUCAAUGGGUGAUCGACUCCUCCAGGACCGCAGCACAACGAACCGUAACCAGAUUAACCCAGCAAACGAUUGCUAUUCUCUUUGCAUCAGUGCAUCAAAUGUCCGCGGCUCUGGUAUACGCCAUAUUCGAUCUUUGUCUCCAUCCCGAAUUCAUCGAACCGCUCCGCGAGGAGAUGGAGCGCGCGCGCAGUGUGGCCAAUUUUGAAGACCACUUUGAUCACCUCCCUUUGAUGGAUAGCUUCCUGCGAGAGUCCGCCCGGCUCAAUCCUCUAGAUGCAUUGUCAAUCCAACGCGUCGCUCUAUCUCCCUACACCUUCGCAGACGGUACACAUGUUCCAGCUGGAAACCUCAUUGCGGUUCCUCAGGCGGCUGUCAUGCAAGACUCACGCCAUUAUGCGGACCCCAAGAAAUUUGAUCCAUACCGGUUUCUGGCGGUGGAUGAAACGGACGGGUCAAUGAGAGCUGUCCCAAAGUACACGGACGUGCAUUGGAAUUAUCCAUAUUGGGGGUCAUCCAAACGAGCAUGCCCCGGUCGAUGGUAUGUCUCGAGGGCUUUGAAGCAGAUCCUCGGCCAUUUGAUUAUGGAGUACGAUUUCAAGCUGGCCGACAGGAAUGCACCCCGAACCUUUGUGUGGACGACAGCCGUUGUGCCUCGCUUCAGUACGAAACUGAUGUUGCGAGCGCGCAAGUGA